CCCACACAAACUCGACACGCACCUCUUCUGCAUUUUGUAGGCUUUGUUUAACCCUGGGCCACUUCCUGUUUCUGAUCUCCAGUCAUCUGUGCAAACAGUGAGGAGGAUCUGUGCAGGAGACAAGAAAACGUGUAACCGGCAAAAGUUGCAAAAGUUCCAUUUUUACAGCAGGAUGGAGCUUCGUGGUGUCGAAUGACUUGAGCCGACGGCUUCACAUGUGAGGACCUGCUGCCGUUGGAGGGGCUCAGUCUGAUGGAGGAUGUUAUCCAGGAAGCUCAGUGACGUCCAACACCUCACAUGCCUCCUAAUGCAUGUGAACAGACUGGGAUGGAUGACACACCAAGUGUUUCUCUGAGGGACUCUGUCUACACUCCUGACCACCACCGUCUCUUCUCCUCUGCCAACCAGUCUGGGGCCACUGGACGAGAGGGCAGCUGAAGAGAUUCCAGGAUGUUUGUGCAUUUUUGGCGGAUGCACAAUUACCAGUAUAUCCAGCUCUUCACCACAUGCCUCAUUGUGUCUCUAGUUAUGGUUUGUUGGGUGCAGCUGCAGCUUGAUAACACUGUGGUCAGCCACGUCAAGUCCUACUCCUACCGUUACCUUGUCAACCACUUUGCACUGAUCAACAAGAGCCUCACCAUCCCACACGAGCAAGCAAGGACCUUCAGCAACUUCCAUUACCUACUGGACCACCCUGAUAAGUGUGCCGGGAGGGACGUCCUCCUCCUGCUCUUUAUCAAAACAUCUCCAGAGAACACUGAGCGGCGAAAAGCCAUCAGAUCCACCUGGGGGAAUGAGAGCUACAUCAGUCAAACCCUGGGAGUGACAGUCAAGGUUGUGUUUGCCUUAGGAACCCCUGGAGCCAAGAAGGAGGUUCCUAUGUGGAGCAAGAGGAGCACGCUAGAUUUAGAGAAGGAGCUCAUCCAGGAGGACCAUCUUCAUGGUGAUUUGAUCCAGCAGGACUUUUUGGAUUCGUUUCACAAUCUGACUUUGAAGCUGAUCCUGCAGUUCCGCUGGAUGCACAGCCGCUGCAGCCACGCCCGCUUCUUCAUGACUGCAGAUGAUGACAUUUUCAUCCACAUGCCCAACCUGGUGAGUUACCUGCAGGAGAUGAGCAGGAAAGACGUCAUGGACUUUUGGAUCGGUCGCGUGCACAGAGGAGCGCCUCCCAUCCGCAGCAAGGAUAGCAAGUACUACGUUCCUUUUGAAAUGUACCCGUGGAUGUCCUACCCCGACUACACAGCUGGGGCAGGGUACGUGAUCUCCAGGGAUGUAGCAGAGAAAAUCUACCAGGCCACACUGACUCUGAACGCCACUCUCUACAUCGAUGAUGUGUUCAUGGGCAUCUGCGCCAAUGCUGUCAGCGUGUCACCGCAGGAACAUGCGUUUUUCUCAGGAGAGGGCAAGGCACCCUAUCAUCUGUGUAUCUAUAAUCAGAUGAUGACCUCACAUGGUCAUGUGGAGGACAUCUAUGACCUUUGGACAGCAGCCACAGAUCCAUGGGUCAAAGAGAAGACCUCGGGACCUUUUGGGAAACUGUACUGCACAGUGAUGAAAAUCUUCCUCCUAUGUAAACCUCACCAUUUCAACACCUACCCAUGCCAGGCAGCUUUUUUAUAGUGCUAAGUCAUAUUUGUGCUGAUGUGAAAGAGGUUGAAUAUAAUGAUAAAAUAGGGACCAUCAGUGUGACUGUUACAGUUGUAUGUAUAAGUUUGGGCACCCCUGAUGAUUUCCAUGAUUUUCCUUUAUAAGUCAUUGGUUGUUUGUCACAAUUUCAGUUAAAUAUAUCAU